AUGAAGCCACUCAGGGCCCAGCAGCUGGCAGCAGAGCUGGAGGUGGAGAUGAUGGCCCAUAUGCACAACAGAAUGACUAUCGCCUACCACCGGAAGUGUGUGCCUCCCCUCUACAAGGAAGCCGAGAUGUCCAAAGGCAAGUCUGUGUGCUUGGACUGGUGCCUCUCCAAGCACUUGGACAUCCACAAGUGGAUAGGCAAAAAGCUGACAGAGCUGUCAGUUUAG